AUGCGUUUUGCUAAUCUAGUUUCCCUCGCUCUCUUAUCCAGUUGUAUUAAUGCUGCUCCGGCCCCUCAACAUCAUGAACACAGGGAAAAACGUGACGCUGCUGUUGUCACCACCACUGUUGAGACUAAUGUUAACGUUGUUGUUGGAACUAGCGGUGCUGCUGAGGAGGCUGUUAACGAUGCCGCCUCAGUCGCCGCCUCGUCCGCCACUACUACUGCCACUACAAGUACUAGUAGUACUUCCACCUCCACAUCUACUGACUCUUCGUCUACAUCUUCUGGCUCUGCUAAAGGUCUCAGUUAUUCCCCAUACAACAGUGACGGGUCAUGUAAAGCACUCUCUGACGUCAAGACCGAUUUGGCAAAUUUGACUGAUUACUCCAUUAUAAGGCUUUAUGGUGUUGAUUGUCAACAAGUAGAAAACGUUCUACAAGCCAAACAAUCCUCUCAAAAGCUUUUCUUAGGUAUUUACUACAUGGAUGCCAUUGAAAGUGGUGUUUCUACUAUCCAAUCUGCUAUUGAAUCUUACGGUUCAUGGGAUGACGUUUAUACAGUCUCUAUCGGUAACGAACUAGUAAACAGCGGUAGUGCCACUGCAUCUCAAAUUGAAGGCUAUGUUAACUCCGGUAAGACAGCUCUAACUGCUGCAGGUUACACUGGUCCCGUAGUAUCUGUCGAUACAUUCACAGCUGUAAUUGAUAACACUGAAUUAUGUAACUAUUCCGACUACAUCGCUGUUAACGCUCACGCAUAUUUCGAUUACUAUACAGCUGCUGCAGAUGCUGGCACCUGGUUGAAGACUCAAAUCUCUAGGGUUUCUGAUGCCUGUGGUGGCAACAAGACUGUGCUAAUCACUGAAUCUGGGUGGCCAUCUCAAGGUGAAACUUAUGGUUCUGCAGUUCCAUCAAAGGCCAAUCAAGAAGCUGCUAUUUCGUCGAUUAAAAGCAAUUGUGGUGAUUCUACCAUUCUGUUCACAGCCUAUAACGAUUUAUGGAAGGCUGACGGAUCUUAUGGUGUAGAAAAAUGGUGGGGUGUUUACUCUAGAGAUUAG